GCUCGGCGCCUUUGCCGGGUUUUGAUGGCCGGGAUGGUUCCCGGGAUUUGGGAAAUGAAGGUGAUGUAGAAACGAGAGAUAAACCCAUCAACAAUCAAAUCAACAAGCAUUAAUUAAAUGCUGACUACGAAGUAGGCACGGUACUCAACACUGGAGAUACAGAGGCAGAAGUGAAACAAUCCCUGUUCUGAAGGAACAUACAUUCUAAUGGGCAGAAUGAUAUGUACACAUAUGAGUAUCUGCAGAAUACACACAAAAUGAACACCAGGUUCCAGUACUCCUCCCUUAAGGCCCCACAGGAGACCAGCUGAUGGCAGCUUCACUUUUGAUAGCUAGGCCCCAGGAACUGGUGACGUUCAACGAUGUGGCGGUGUAUCUCUCGAAGGAGGAAUGGGGCCACCUGGACCCUUCUCAGAGAGCCCUCUACAAAGAUGUGAUGCUGGAGAAUUAUGGGAAUGUGGUCUCACUUGGUCUUUCUGCUUGCAAGCCUGAAAUGAUCUCCCAGCUGGAGCAAGGAAAAAUGCCCUGGGUCCCAGAUCUGCAGGGAACAGAAGACGAUCAGACCACCUGGCCUGAUGAUGGGCCUGAGAAGGGUAACAUGGAAUCUCUUCAUAAUCAGGAAAUAUCUAAUGAUGAGUCUCAGUGGAUUUUGUUGGCAGGGAUCCCUAGGGAACAAGGCAGCAACCUUGUAGAACCCUCUUCCUAUCUUAGCAGGUUAGAGGGGCCCCAACAAAACCCAGCAGAGAAGAGACUGAGGUAUUCCCCUUCACAGCCCCCAAGUACCAGGCUUAUUAUGACUGUCACCCCUAGGAAGAGGGUCACAGAGGAGAACAGCCAUGAGUCCCAUAGGCGGGAGUGGAGCUGUGAGCCAAGCCACCAUCUGAUUACCCACGAGGGAGAUCUGAUGAGGGAGCAGCCCCAGAGUUAUGAUUCAUAUAACCGUACCCUCAAGCAAAAUUCAGAAUGCGUGAGACACAUGAGAAAUCAUAGGACUGAGAAACCCUAUAAAUGUAAUGAAUGUGGGAAAGCCUUCAGCAGAAGCUCACACCUCAUUCGACAUCAGAGUAUUCACAAUGCAGAAAAGCCCUAUGAGUGUACUGAAUGUGGGAAAGCCUUCAGUCAGAGAUCAUCCCUUAUUGGACAUCAAAAAAUUCACAGUGGAGAGAAGCCCUAUAAAUGUAAUGAAUGUGGGAUUGCCUUCAUCUGGAGUUCACACCUCAUUCAGCAUCAAAAAAUUCAUAGUGGAGAGAAACCCUAUGAAUGUACUGAAUGUGGGAAAGCCUUCAGUAGGAGCUCAUAUCUUAUCGGACAUCAGAGAAUUCAUAGUGGCGAGAAACCGUAUGAGUGCAAUGAAUGUGGGAAAACUUUCAGGUGGAGAUCAGCUCUUAAUGAUCAUCAUAGUAUACAUAAUGGAGAAAAACCCUAUGAAUGCAAUGAGUGUGGGAAAGCCUUUGGGGGGAGAUCACACCUGAUUCGGCAUCAUAGAAUCCAUAGUGGAGAGAAACCCUAUGAAUGUAAUGAAUGUGAAAAAGCCUUCAGUAGGAACUCACAUCUUAUUCGACAUCAGAAAGUUCACAGUGGAGAGAAAUUCUGUGAAUGUGAUUAAUACAGGAGAGACAUCACUCAGCUGGCAGACUUUAUAUUGUGUACCAUUACUCUCAGUGGAGAGGAAUGUUGUCUGUCAUUGAAAAAUCCUUCAGACAGAACUUGGCCUUUAAUGCCUGUUAGAAUAUGCAUCGUGGAGAGAAACCCUAACUGUCUUGAACAAGAGACUUCCAGGGAACUAGCUCCCCCCAAAUUCCUUAAACAAAAACUGUAGGGAUAUAACAGAAUUAACCUCUCAAACUAAGAAGGGGAAGCCUGAAGCCGCUACCACCACUGCCACUACCAGAAAGGAGGUAGAGAAGGGAGCAAGGCCUAGAGCUGUAACCCUGGGACUAGGACCAAAGGGUCUGAGAAGGAGAUUGAGCUAUUACCCAGGCCUGCCAUGUAGGUAGGCCAAGAAGCAAGAGAAGAAUGAAAGGGAGGGCCCCCUUUUGGGCAGCAGUGGAUCACAGGCUGGUAGCAUCUGACAGUAACUACGGUACCUGGCCUCUGAGCUGGGACUGGAAUUAGAGAAUCAUAGAGUAGAAAACUGCCUGCAUUUCACAGAUGAGGAGACAGAUUCCAAGGAAGCUGAAGGGCUUUUCCAAGGUUACUCAGAGCUAGGAUUCAAACUCAAGUCCUCUUAUUCCAAAUUCAUUGAUCUUCCCUCCAUUCUGAUCCCACCUUCAGGGAUGACCUCCACUGAAGGAGAAGGAAAGAGGGUUACCUUCAGUCUCAAGUUACUCAAGGUGGGAAAAAAUAUUGAAUUAACAAAAGGAAAGAAUAAUACCAUCCAAUAGAUAGUUACCAAGUCAGAGAACUGGAUUUGUUUUUAAAUUUUUCAAAAUAAAAGAACCAAGGGACAAAAUGAAGACAGAAAUGCCAGCAGAAUCAGUCCCACAAAUGCUGGGAAAAUUAAUUGGAUGAUUGCAUUAAAGGGAGAUUCUAAUUCAGCCACAAAAAAAGCCAUGGAAGAGAUAGAGGGAAAAUGUAAAGAUAGGGACCAGCCUUGUGACUUUGUUGGCAUAGGUCAGGAAAUUCGGUCUACCAAUGGAUUGGUAAAUUCCCUCUCUGCAACUUAUAGUCUUAGAGACUUGCCUAGAGUACUUGCCCAGCCUCACAUAGCUAUUUGGUGUCAGAGGCAGGGUUUGAAUCCACCUCUCCAUAGCCCUGAGACCAUCUCUCCAUAUAUUACCCCAGUGGUUCUCAAACUUUUUGGUCUUAGGACUGCUUUAUGCUUUUAAAAAUUCUUGAGGACCUCUCCCCUCCAAAGAUGUUUUAUGUGGGUUAUAUUUAUCAAAUCUGACCAUAUUAGGAAUUAAAAUGUCUUAGUAUUAUUAUGAAACUAGUUUUGGCCUCAUGCAUACCCUGAAAUGGUUUCAGGGACAUCGAGAGAUUCCCCCUACCACACUUUGAGAAUGACUACAACUACCACUCCAAGCUGCCUCUUGAUGCAAAAGAACACGGAAAAUUAAAAUGACAGUAGAAGCAAAAGUAAUUAUCUGAGCAAAGUUCAAUGAAUAAUAAUAGCUAAUACUGGCCUAGUAUUUUACAUCCUAGAUCUCAUUUAAUCCUUAACAGAUCUUUCAAGGCAAUGUGAGUCGGUAAAAAGGACUGAAUUUUGGAUACCUGUGAUUAAAGCUUAUUUUUAAUCUUCAACUAGCUAAAUGAUCACAGACAAGUCACCUAAUCUCCCAGAGCUUCAGUUUCUCAUAUAAUGUUAAUAUCUGCAGUAUCUACCUCAUACUAUUGAGGAUCAAAUGAAAUAACAUGUAAACCUUAUGCAAAUGACAUUUGCAAACUUUAAAGUGACAUAAGAAUGUCAGCUGUCAUUAUCCUUACUAUAUAGUCUAUAUAAUCCUAGCCCAAUCUUGCAGAGGAAGGAAUAGGAUCCUAGCACAGCUUGUAAGUGGCAAGGCCUCAAAGCCAUGUCUUCCAACUCCAAAUUGAGUGUUUUCUCCAUUAAAGAUGGCAUGAUGUCUCCUGAUAAAGUUGCAAGACAUGCGUCUGCAUUUCCUUCCAAUUCAAUUGGACAAGUCCAAAAAGUAGUUAAAGACUUGGCAGAUAAAACCAUAUGGUACUUGGGCUCCCAGAAGGUAUCACAAAAGAAAAACUAGACUCCAUUUUUGAUGAAAUAAUUGGAGAACACUUAACAGAAUAGACAUCAACAGGCAUCACUGUGCAGUUGUGCAGAACUUGAGGACUCUAGCAUGAAAAUAUCCCAUGUUCACAUCCAGAAGACAUGUAACAGAAUGAUGAAAAAAAAUAUUUCAAGUACAGAUCAAAAUCUCCAAAUUUCUCAGCCAUGACAAGGGGAAAAUGACAAAAUUUUAAAAGAAUAGGCUUGGAUCUGAAAGUUACAUUUCUUGCAUUUACAAAUUUGGAUAUUUUAUUUGAAGGCAUAAAAAUAAUGUUGAGCAACCAAGAUAACUUCAAAAGAAUUUGGCAUAAGUUCACCUUUGAAAAGUCCAAACAAAUAGUUGGUACAGGAUAAUUUAGACCUAUGGUUACAUAUAGUUGAUUGCAAAGCAAAGUGAUUAAGA